UAUCUCUGUUCGCGGUGGGAAGAAACAUAAGCUCCAAGAUGAGGCAGAAGGUUUUCCUGUGCGGAAGAAGAGACUGACAGGAGACAAAAAUUGCCCUUUGAAUCCCAGCACCGACGAAUGGAUUCUCUGUGCAGGUCAGCAGGCAGCUGGGGAGGUAGCAAGUCAGUAUGGUGGCAGCGAACCUGAAACUGCCAUGUUAGAAAUUCCCUCUGAAGAAAUGGAUCAGACAAUGGGGGAACAGCAGUGCGAGGUUGCUCGCAGGAAGCUUCAGGAAAUUGAGGACAGGAUAAUUGAUGAAGAUGAGGAAGUUCAUGCUGAUGGAAAUGUUAGCAAUCUGCCCACUCUUAUCCUGUCAGAUACCCUUAAAAAAGGGAUGAAGAGGGAUUUUGGUGAAGUCCUGACAAAGAAAAUAAUAGAAUCUAUGAGCCGUCCUUCUAUGGAGCUGGUGCUUUGGAAACCUCUUCCUGAAUUUCUCACAGAUAAACUGAAGUCUGUUUCUGGAAAGAACUUCCAGCAGCAGAGUACAGAAGGGUGUCAAGCCAAGCAGUCAACGCCAAGAGCUGCUUUUGACCCACAGACUGAAACAUUCCCUGAAUCACAACAGACUGGCAUGUCUCCAGAUCCCUAUGCUAGUUUGGGAAUCUCUGGCUGUACAGAAGAAGAAAUGGAGCUGUAGAUUUUAGACUGGACAUGGUGAGCUUCUGAUGGGUUUUGUUGCUGGUUUUGAUUCCCUCUUUCUUUCUGGUUUGAUGUGUGAAUCUGAAGUUUUAUUAUUUGUUUUUGGUUUUCCUACUAACAGUCAUAAGAAUGUGGGUUGGCCAGACACAGCUUAAGGAA